GGUCUGCUUUAGUCACGCAUUCUAUCGCUAUGUCUGCACACUGCGUAUAUCACUUCUUAUGUCUCUCCAUAUUUUUCGCUUUGUUCGCUGUAACAAUUUCUACAAAGCUAAGUCUAGACGAUGUUGUCGAGCGUUUAAUAGAAGUUGAGACCAAGCUGAAAGAGAGUGAAAGGGAAAUCGGUAUUCUUCAAGAAACAACACUGCUCCAGAAAGAGGUCAUAGAAAAUCAAGAAAUUAGAAUACAGUCCCUCGAAACAGAACUCGCAGGUCACAGGGACAUUAUAAGCGCUGGUCGAGAAAAGGCUGCCGAUACCACACAAGAAAUUAAAGAUCUACACGAUAAGCCACGGAUUGUAUUCCCAAAACGGACCCCACAGGAAACAAAGCUGAAGCACCAGAGAGAAAGUUCGAAAAAUAGGAUAAGGCCGUUGAGACACGUUGAUAGAGUAGGAGUUGCAUUCACGGCAUACUUGGACCAUGAUGGCGAAUAUGGAACACAACAAGUUAUCAAGUUUAACAAAGUAAUCACCAACGAAGGAAAUGGUUACAAUCAAUAUACUGGUGUGUUCACAUGCCCGCAGGCAGGAAUGUACAUGUUUACAUUCUUCAUUGGAGAAAGGAGUAAUACUGACGGCAUAAAACAGAUGUGGGCAGAUCUUGUUGUAAACGGCAAUUUCAAGCUGACCGCUAUCGCUGAAACCAAGCACGCCACAGAAGAUGCACAAGGUGGCAACUCCGCUGUUUUAAGAUUACAGCAAGGCGAUUCCGUUUGGAUAGAGAGCAAAGGUGCAAAUCAUAUUGAAGGCGAUGCACGUUCGACUUCUUUUACUGGCUUGUAUUUAUACCAAUGAUGAAUUGUUUGAUUGACAGCAGUUUCAAUAAACUUAGAAGCCAUAAUAUCAGUAAUUUAACUUUUGUGUGAAUGCCGACCUUUGAGAUCAU